AUGGCUUUCUCCACUAAAGAUCACAAACUAGUAUAUAAAGGCAGAGUUUCCACUUAUGGUGGCUCUACGCUGGAUUCUAGCCAUAAUCCAGGCAACAAUAUGUUUACACAUGCUUCCUUCUUCAAAGAUAUUCACAACCAAAAGCGCACUCCAUUUGAGGUUACUCCCUCCGUUGUUGAUAAUGGAUCAUCCCCAGGCAAUGCCCUCAACUUCACUUCCACUUUUGUUGAAGCGACCGACGACUUCUCGUUCAUCAUCGACUGCUCACAAUUCAUUGGCAUGGUGUUCAAGGAGAAGACGCUACCCAGCUGUCUUCGUGCACAAUAUCUUAAAGGUCUUGGUAUUAGACAUCGUAUGGUUGGCAAGAACCAUAAGGUAAUUGAAAUGAACUUUUCCACUGAACAGGAUUGUAUGGAGGCCUUGGGGAAGGAGUUCGUCCUCCAUGGUAAAAUUAUUCAGGUCAGCAAGGCUUUGGCUAUCACUUACAAGCCUUUAGAGUUUCUCAAACCUUUGUUAAUGCAGACAUUUGAACCAUAUGGUGAUAUUCUCAAUGUCGGUCUCUGUCACUCCAAGAAUGAUCCAAGCAAUAUGAAGCUGAGUUGGCACCUCAGAUCCCUUUUGGAGAUUUUCCAGUUGGUUUGGACCAAUAUGCAACCCAUCUGUAAGGAUUGUCAUACUGAUGAACAUGUCAAGGUCGACUGCCCUCGAGCAAAGAAGAAGGUCUGUCAUAAAUGCGGUAGUCUCGAGCAUCUCAUCGCCCAGUAUCCCCGAGCUCAUUGGAAUCGAAAGAGGGACCAACCUACUCAGGAACGUCGUCGCAAUUCCGUUACUAAGGAGAGUAACCCUCCACCAAAGCCUACAGGAAGAGAGGUCAAUCUCUUAGAAUUGAUGAAUGUCAAGCAACCCAAAUAUCUUACCAAGAAGAAGAAUACGGAUGUUGUCGAAGACGCUAUGGAAACCGAUGAUGAAUCCACCAUUCCUGAACAAGAGACUCAGGAACCAGCUGAUCCACUCCAUCAGGAGGCAGUAGCACCAGUUGAUCCAGUUGAAUCUGUCGAGCCACAGACUGUAGCAUCACCUUCAGUUGCACCAACCACUGUCUUUGAUUCAACCUUAACUGUGGAAUCUCAUCAGGAUGACAAUCUUGAUGACAAGGAACCAGCUCCUCCAGAUGCACAGGAGACCGUUCAUCUCACCAGCGAGGAAUCAGAAUAUGAAGGAGGUGAUAUAUCUGAAAGUUCUGUAGAAUAUACCAAUUACGAGAACAGAUACAAUCUUAGUAAGGGUAAAAGGAAGAGUUCUAAUGCUGUAGGUGACACAGCACAGGAGGCCUCUCAGAAGCGUUCUAUUAGGGAACUGGCAUCUACUCCACCGGGAUCUGAUCAAGAGGGAUCUGCCAAAAAGGCUUUCAAACAACAAGAGGACAGCCAUAUGGAUGAGGCCGAGCAAGGCAACUCCUCCACAAUCAAAUCACUAUAA